AUGGCGCUGUCCAUCGUCCGCAUGGUGCGGUUUGUCCUAGUCGGCCUGCUGGCAUUCUUCUCAAUUGCCUCAGCGCGGCCUGCGUCUCGAUUCCCUCGCGCAGUCCCAAAUCCCAGCUCUGAUCCAUUCUACCAACCUCCAGCUGGCUAUGAAUCCAAAGCACCAGGAACCAUCCUCGCUCAGCGCAGUAUCAGUUCUGCCUUCUUCGGCAUCCUUCCCAAUCCUGUUGAGGCUCAUCAGUUGCUCUACCGCACUACUGCUGUCAAUGGCUCUGCCAUCGCAACCGUGACCACUGUGUUCAAGCCGAAGAACGCCAAGUCCGAUCGAUUUAUCUCCUUCGCCACAGCAUAUGAUAGUUCUGCGGUGAAAUGCAACCCCAGCUACGCCUACCAACUAGGCACACCGCAGGACAGUCUCAUUGCUUCGGUCGAGUUGUUGCUCAUUGAGGCAUAUAUCAUUCUCGGGUAUACCGUCGCCUCUCCAGACUACGAGGGUCCCGAUGCGGCCUUUGGUCCUGGCCGGCUCGCAGGCAUGGGCGUGCUAGAUGGAAUCCGGGCCGUUGCUAGUUUCAAAACCUUGGGUCUGAGUGAAAACCCCAUGGUCGUUGGCAUGGGUUAUUCAGGCGGUUCCAUUGCCACAGGCUGGGCUGGCUCUCUGCAGCCUAAAUAUGCACCAGAGCUUAACAUCAAGGGCUGGGUUCAGGGUGGCACUCCUGCCAACGUCACAGGCACAUUUCUUACGGCCGACAACACGGCCUUCAGUGGGUUCCUUCCUGCGGCUGUUGUCGGUCUUAAGGCACCAAGUGCCUACGGCGCCCAGCUUGAGCCUAUUGUCAGUAAGAUCUUUACGCCAGAGGGUCAGAAGGUGGUCAAUGCCGCCGCUACCAACUGUGCAGUUCAGGAUCUAUUGAACUUUGCGGAAAAGUCGCUGUUUGAUACCAAGUAUCAAAGUUUGGGAACUGGUCUCCUCAAUGAGCCAACUAUCCAGUCUGUUCUGAAGCAGAACACCAUGGCUGUCAACCAGGACGAAACACCAACGGCGCCUGUCUUCGUAUACCACGCCUCUCAGGACGAAAUUAUUCCCUAUGCCAAUGCUACUGCCAUGGUUAAUUCCUGGUGUAACUGGGGUGCGGAUGUUAAGUUCACUACUUAUGCCAAUGGCGGUCACGCGACCACCGAAGUUAUUGCAUUUCCUGAAGCCGUCAGGUUUGUUAGUGAUGCUUUUGAGGGCAAGACGGCCAGCGGCUGCUCUAAGAAUACCAAGCUUGACUUUAUUCUUAACCCGAUCGCUCUUGGUGUGGAGCUUGAGCCGAUCCUCACGAAGCUGAUUGAUGGGUUGAGCCAUCUGGGUCAGAAGGAUGCUAAUGUCAAGAAUGAUGUCUCGGUGCUAAGUAAUACACUUUGA